AUGCUGCCAACCACAGAGACGUGGCGGCAGUGCGCGGCGAUGCUAAGCAGUGCCUCCGAUGACGCACUGCGCUCCGCCGUUGCUGCUGCGGUUGACACACUCGAGUCAGACGGCCCCAUCGACGGUACCGCUUGCGACGGCACCGUUGACGUGUACAACAUGAUGCUCGCAUCUGCACUGCGGUUUCUGUUUGGGCAGUUGUGUGCAGCGUGUGUUGAGGAUAGCGACGCGGUGCGGCAGUUUCUUGCGUCAUGCCACGUGUGUAUUGCUUCACACAUCACCGAUGUGAUUGCUGAUGCGUGGGUAAAGCAUGGCCACCAUAUUUUGGCAUGCGCGCGGCGGCGUGCUAUCGCGGACUUCUGCCGCAGCGAUGGCAGUGCCCACACGGCGACUUCAGAGCCGCUGCUGCUGGCGUCGCGGUCGCGGGUGGUGGUGGUGGAGGGCGGUAUCGAUGUGAUUGGCGGCGCACAUCGCGUGGAGUCACUGCUGUCGCUCCCCGCCACCACCAUGUGCCCAGGAGGUGUGGACGUCACCGUCGACCACGACGAAGCCUACGCGCUGUUCUGCGAGCUGGACGGCCUGCAGGCACGGCUAGAUGCGUUGUUGGCGCACCCGCAGUAG